AUGAGUCCCGGUCUAGCACUAGUUGUCCUUGCAGCCAUAUUCUACAUCACCGCCUACAAUAUGUUUAUCCAAAUGCUCACCCAACGACUCGGUGGAUCUAUACAGGACCCUCUACAACUCUGGGAGGCCCUACAGACCAUCGGUCUCUUGCCCAUUCGUACUCGAGCCUGGAUCUUUUCGAAAAUUGUCGGUCUCGCAAACCCUUAUGCUAGCACGAUCGAUUUCCGGGUCACGGAACUGCGGAAAGGGAAAGCCUGUGGUGUCAUGAAGCAAUCAAAGAUCAACUCGAACCCCUUUCAACGGGUCCACGAGGCUGCACUCAUCACCUUUGGCGAGACCGUAGGAAGCCUUGCCUUUCUGACCCUCCUCAACCAUACCACCGACAUUGCCGUCCUCACCAACAUCAACGCCGACUACGUCAAAGUGUCAAGAGGACUACUAACGGCAAGCUCAGUCAUCCCUCCCAUCAAGGACAGGGAUGCCACAGAACUGAUAACCCGCGUCCUCGUCAAGAAUGCAUCCUUCGAAACCGUCGCCCAACUCACCCUGACCUGGAAGGUUGACCUUCUAGGCACUUCUCAUACCCAUACCAUCCCUGCUGCCAUACCUUCUAAAUGA